AUGUCGUCCCGUGUAUGUCGAGCAAAGCCAAGAAUUACCAAACCAAACGAUGAAUAUGCAGCAAUAUCACAAGAAGAAACAUUAAAUUCUAGAUAUGAAACAAGAUCACAAAAUGAACAACAAGCCAGCAAAUCCAAGGAGGAAAUCGAAGACGAGGAAGAUAACAUUGAACCUGUCUGGACAUUUCGUGUCUUGUUUCUGGGUUUGUUAUCCUUCAUUUUCUUGAUAAUUAUUACCAAAUAUUGCCUGCGGGAGACAGCAGAAUGUCUCAUGUCAAUGAUGUGGGCUAUGUUGGUUGUAUAUCCCAUUGGCCUAAUAAUGGCCAAGAAACUCCCUAAAAGGAAGAUCUAUUUACGUCCAAUUAGAUUGGAGUUUGCUUUGAAUCCUGGAUCCUUCAAUAAGAAAGAAUAUGUAUUGAUCUCUAUAAUUGGUAACAUUGGUGCUGUUUAUGGUGGUUUAACUUCUGAUUUUAUCCUUAAUACACCAUUCUAG